AAGGAACGAAAUAAAAAUGGUCUUUAUGGACAAGAAAAGUACCAUGAGACAGACAUACACCAUCAAUAAUUAUAUUUCUUUGCAUUUAGAUCAGUUUACAGGUCAAUCCUGAGGAUCUAAAUUUAGGCAUUGACUGUGACAGCUGCGGCACCGCCCCCUCGGGCGCGCGACCACAGGAUCCGUGCGGACACGUAAACUCCGGAGUGGGAACAAAACUUUAAACAUUUCGUAAUUGUUUUGAUGAAUUCACUUUGUUGACUUUACAUCCAGAAUCUGCGACGUUGAAUUAAUGCCACAGAAACCAUCAUGACGCGAGAAGAAGACCUGGUUCGCAUUGCAAAGAAACUGGACAAAAUGGUGUCUAGAAAUAACAUGGAUGGUGCUCUGGACCUGCUGAGGGAACUAAAGGAGUUCAACAUGACUUUAAAGCUGCUGCAGAACACACGGAUCGGAAUGUCCGUUAACGGAAUUCGGAAGCACUGCACUGAUGAGCAAGCGGUCAGCCUCGCCAAGAUCCUUAUCAAGAACUGGAAAAGGCUUCUGGAAUCCCCCCAGGCCCACAAGGAGGAGAAGCUACAUGACAGGAACAAUGGGGUCGACUCCAGUUCCCUGCCACCCAGUGGGAAUGACUGCACACCUGCUAAAACCAUGCCAGAGAAAGAGAGGAUUCCUGUUAAAACCAUGCCAGAGAAAGAGAGAAUUCCCUCCAAAACAAUGGAAGAAAAGGAACGAGUGCCCAGCAGGAGGUGGUCUAGUGACCCCACAGAGCCUCACAGGAAGCUCUCCGGGGAUCACAGGAAACAGAGACACUCGGGCGAGCAGAAGAGAGAGCGAGAGAAGAAAGAAAGAGAGAGGAAAGAGGCUCCCGACCCCAAUGUUCUUUGCCAUCCUCUUCCUCUUCACCUUCAUCCUCCUCCCUCUCCCAAGCGUCCAGCAGCCGAACUGAAGAAAGAGAGGAAAGAGGCUCCCGACCCCAAUGCUCUCUGCCCUCCUCUUCCUCUUCACCUUCAUCCUCCUCCCCCUCCCAAGCGUCCGGCAGCCGAACUGAAGAAAGAGAGGAAAGAGGCUCCCGACCCCAAUGCUCUCUGCCCUCCUCUUCCUCUUCACCUUCAUCCUCCUCCCCCUCCCAAGCGCCCAGCAGCCGAACUGAAGAAAGAGAGGAAAGAGGCUCCCGACCCCAAUGCUCUCUGCCCUCCUCUUCCUCUUCACCUUCAUCCUCCUCCCCCUCCCAAGCGCCCAGCAGCCGAACUGAAGAAAGAGAGGAAAGAGGCUCCCGACCCCAAUGCUCUCUGCCCUCCUCUUCCUCUUCACCUUCAUCCUCCUCCCCCUCCCAAGCGCCCAGCAGCCGAACUGAAGAAAGAGAGGACAGGGAAAGAGGCUCCCGACCCCAAUGCUCUCUGCCCUCCUCUUCCUCUUCGCCUUCAUCCUCCUCCCCUUCCCAAGCGCCCAGCAGCCGAACUGAAGAAAGAGAGGAAAGAGGCUCCCGACCCCAAUGCUCUCUGCCCUCCUCUUCCUCUUCACCUUCAUCCUCCUCCCCUUCCCAAGCGCCCAGCAGCCGAACUGAAGAAAGAGAGGUCAGGGAAAGAGGCUCCCGACCCCAAUGCUCUCUGCCCUCCUCUUCCUCUUCACCUUCAUCCUCCUCCCCUUCCCAAGCGCCCAGCAGCCGAACUGAAGAAAGAGAGGUCAGGGAAAGAGGCUCCCGACCCCAAUGCUCUCUGCCCUCCUCUUCCUCUUCACCUUCAUCCUCCUCCCCCUCCCAAGCGCCCAGCAGCUGAACUGAAGAAAGAGAGGACAGGGAAGGAGGCUCCUGAUUCAACUGGUCCUCUUCCUCAACACCAUCAUCCUCCUCCCCCUCCCAGGCACUCAGACCUGCAGAAGGAGAGGAAAAACUCUACCGACGGAAAGCCAGCAAAACGUCUCUCAGUGGAAAACAAAAAGGACAGAAAAGACUCCUCAGAUUUCAAGGCACUACUACAUAAAAGACCCUCUCAUGAUGGCAGGAAAGACAGAAAAGACUCAUCUGACUCCAGGCCCAGCCUCAUUACGAAGAGGCUUUCAAGCGAUGGAAAAUCUGACCGGAAGGACUCUGACCUGAAGCCUGCAUGCUCACCUCCCGCCAAGAAGCUCUGUGGAGACAGGAGGGAUUCGUUGGGUUCCAAAUCUCCCCACUCUGGGCCCCUGCAGAGAAAGCCAUCUGACAGCAGUGUGAGUGUUAAGGGGAAAGCUGACCCCCCAAAGACGCCCACCUCCCCCACCUCCCCCCUCACCCCGCCAUUCAGCCCUGUGGGGGGGGCCCUGCCCCCCCACCUGCUAACGGGGGACUCCAUCCGGGACAAAUGCAUCGAGAUGCUGUCUGCUGCCCUGCGCACAGAUGAUGACUACAAAGUUUUUGGCACAAACUGCGACUCCAUGGGAGCAGAGAUUGAAGAUUAUAUCUACCAGGAGGUCAGAGCCACGGAUCUGAAGUAUAAGAACAGGGUUCGGAGCCGCAUCAGUAACCUGAAGGACCCCAAGAAUCCGGGCCUCAGGAAGAACGUGCUGGCCGGGGCCAUCGAGCUCCAGCGCAUUGCCAGCAUGACCGCAGAGGAGAUGGCCAGUGAUGAGCUGAAGCAGCUGCGGAACACCAUGACCCAGGAAGCGAUCCGAGAGCACCAGAUGGCCAAAACUGGCGGAACCACCACCGACUUGCUGCAGUGCGGCAAAUGCAGGAAGAAAAACUGCACCUAUAACCAGGUGCAGACCCGCAGUGCUGAUGAGCCCAUGACCACCUUUGUGUUGUGCAACGAGUGUGGAAACCGCUGGAAGUUCUGCUGAUGGAAAAACGCCAAUGGGCAGAUAACGCUGAGCUCCAGCCAGAUCACACACAUCCAUUUUCACACAGAAUAAUUAUUUGUAUCAGGGAGAAGAAUAAAUGUGGAAAUGAGUGGUAGUAUAGAUUUAAGGACCAUUCCAUGCAUGCUCCAGAAGGUUGCACCACAGCCCCACUCUUUUUCUGUGUAUGAGAUGUAAAAUUCUUCCAUACUCCAUUUAGUUUUCCUGGAAGAGCCAUUUAAAGCUUCUCGGGUGUCACAAAAAAAAAAAAAAGAAAAACACUUUGUGGUGCAAAAUGUGAUUUUUGAGGUCCGUUAUUUUGUAAAGAAAAGCCGUAAAUCUUUGUAAAUGUGCAUGUAGGGAUAAUUGUGUAUGUAGUGUCCACAGUUGCUAUACUGGUAACUGCAAUUGGACUCUUCCAUUUUAGAUAAUAGGGGUGUUACAGGUAUUUAAAGAUGUAUGAAGUUAGUAUAGUUGUAUAAACAAAACCCUCUUAGUACCAAAGUUAAAUCUUUCUGGAUUCAGGACUUGUACAUGGUCCCAUGGGUCACACUCAGCCACUGUUAUUGGUCAUAUGUUUAUCUUCACACACUGAGUGCUCUAAGAUGACUCUCGUUUACGAAUAAAUUAAAACUUAAAAUAAAAAAGACUUUAAAGUUAUCAGUGUUCAGAAUUGUUCCCCAGUGAAAUAAAGUGCAUUUUAGGGUCAAAUGUCUCCUAAACAAAAUUAGACGCAUGUUGUCCGAGGCCAGAUAUGAAUUCUACAUACAAAAUUUUUAAUUACCAAAUAUUUAGGGCUUUGCCUAACCAGGUUACGAACUUCACUAUAAAAAUCUGAACUUAUAAAAAUCAUGCCAUGAUGCGUUUUUCAUUGUGUCACCCAGCAAAUGUUCAAAUGGAAAAACAAAGAGUCUGAACCUCCUGGAGUCGGCAUGAAAUGGCCUCAUAACAAUUGUAGAAUUUGUAAUUUAUCCUGGAUGCAGUGGAGCCUCCAGCAGGGAUGUAUGCUGAAAGGGUGUGAGUCUACAGGGAGGGUCACAGUUAGGGUUAGGGGCUAGGGGUUAGGAGUUAGUGCAGUGUUUCCCAACUCCAGUCCUUGGGACCAACAUGCCAGAAGGUUUUUGUUGUAACCAGUAACUCACACACCUGAUUUAAUGAUUGAACCAAUCAAACCACAAAAAUGCCCUUGAUUAGUUAA